GAGUGAGUUCCUGCUGUGGCUUGAGGGAAACAGAUCGACAUUCAGCCACGGGAGAAUCGCACUUUGCGGCCUGUGGAAGCCCCCUCCCUGAGCGAUGGCCUCACCUGUCUCAGUCUACAACUCCAAUGCCUUGGAUGCACACAUCGCCAGUACACCCAGAGAGUCGCUGAAGAUGGAGUUGUUAGCUGAUGUGUCUCUACUGCCAGGAGAAGAAAGAAUUAUAGAUAAAGACAUCAUCUACAUGUGUCACUUCAACGGAGCUGUGAAAGGCAAAGUGUUGAUCACAAACUACAGACUCUACUUCAAGAGCUCAGAUGCUGAUGUAACGGUGAUGCUGGACGUUCCACUGGGUGCCAUCAGUCGAGUGGAGAAGAUGGGUGGGGCAUCAAGCAGAGGAGAAAAUUCCUACGGCCUGGAUAUCACCUGCAAGGACAUGAGGAACUUGAAGUUUGCCUUAAAGCAGGAAGGCCACAGCAGAAGAGACAUAUUUGACCUCCUCUUCAGACAUGCCUUCCCACUCUCACAUGGUCUGCCUCUAUUUGCAUACGUGACACAGGAAAAGUACGCUGAGAAUGGCUGGAACAUCUACAAACCUGUAGAGGAGUUCAGACGGCAGGGCUUGCCUAAUAACAAGUGGCGUAUUACAUUCAUCAAUAAGAGCUAUGAUCUGUGUGACACCUACCCCACUGUGCUGGCUGUACCCUUUAAAAGUAAAGAGGAGGACCUCAGAAGAGUGGCUGCCUUCCGGUCAAAAGGACGCAUACCGGUUCUGUCGUGGAUCCACAGGGAGAACCAAGCAGUAAUUGUCCGCUGCAGUCAGCCUCUUGUUGGCAUGUCUGGGAAAAGAAACAGGGACGACGAACGCUACCUGGACCUGAUCAGGGAGGCAAAUGACACCACCAAGCUCACUAUCUAUGAUGCUCGGCCCAGCGUAAAUGCAGUGGCCAACAAGGCCACUGGAGGAGGCUACGAGGGUGAUGAAUACCAAAACGCAGAGCUCAUCUUCCUGGACAUCCAGAAUAUCCACGUCAUGAGGGAAUCCCUGAAGAAACUUAAAGAUAUUGUCUACCCCAAUGUCGAGGAAUCCCACUGGCUGUCCAGUCUAGAGUCCACACACUGGCUAGAACAUGUAAAGCUUGUGUUGUCAGGAGCCAUCCAAGUAGCAGACAAGGUUUCCAGUGGAAACUCUGUGGUGGUCCACUGUAGUGACGGCUGGGACCGAACUGCUCAGCUUACAUCUCUAGCCAUGCUGAUGUUGGACAGCCACUACCGCACUCUGAGAGGAUUCCAGGGGCUGAUUGAAAAGGAAUGGAUCAGCUUUGGACACAAAUUUGCCUCGAGGAUAGGUCACGGUGACAAAAACCAUGCAGAUCAGGACAGAUCACCCAUCUUUGUUCAGUUCAUCGACUGUGUAUGGCAAAUGACUAAACAGUUUCCUACAGCCUUUGAGUUUAAUGAGCACCUCCUGCUGACAAUCCUGGAUCAUCUCUACAGCUGCCGCUUUGGGACUUUCCUCUACAACUGUGAGAGUGCACGAGACCAACAUGAGGUGAGGUCGAAGACUGUGUCUCUGUGGUCCCUGGUCAACAGUAAGAUGGAUAUUUAUUUAAACCCCUUCUACACCCCGGAGUCUGGCAGGGUCCUCUACCCUGUUGCCAGCAUGCGCCACCUGGAGCUUUGGGUGACCUACUACAUCCGCUGGAACCCACGUAUACGACAACAGCAGCAGAGUCCAGUGGAGCAGCGCUACAAGGAGCUGUUGGCCCUAAGAGACGAAUACUUGAAGAAGCUGGAGCAGUUGCAGCUUUCAGAUUCCUCCACUUCCUCCCGUCUGGCUAACAGCCCCACGCCCAACACCUCCUCCAACACCUCACCAUCACAGCAAUACACACACCUACACACUCCCUUUUGAGGGCUGGUAACACACACUCACACACAGAUAUCAGAUAUACUUGUUGACUUGCACUUAUGUCCUCUUCGCUCCAAUUUGUGUUUCACACACACACACGCAGGGAAUUAAUUAGUAUUGUGCAGUCCUAAGUGUGGAUAACAAAGAAUGCUAAUAAGAUUUAGAUUUGAUGGCUAACUUUAAUACCAUAGUGGUGAUAAUGGUGAUUUAUGCAAUAUGUCACAGUACAGCCUUGUCUCAAGACUUUUCUAUACACACACUCAUCAUACAAAGCCUUAAAGACAUUCACUGGCUUUAAGUCCAAGGGCUUGAACACACAAGACACUGCGGUUGUGUUCACACAAGGAGCAGAGCAAAGUGUUUUUGUCUGAAUGUCAUACUGUGAUUACAAAUUAAUGAAAAUAGUUGAGCAUUAAAGUUCUUUCUUGACCUUAGAAACCAUAGUCUGACAAGAAAAGUUUAACUCAAGCUUUCUUAAUGACUUUUCAGGAGCUUGUAAUUGGAGAGUUAUACAAAUGAACACCAUGAGAUGCUGCUGAGAUUAGGUUUUCAAAUUAUAGAAGAAUUAUAAAGGUAAAAGCAGGAAAGACACAGGCUUACCCCGCCAUGAGUCGUAAAGAAAAACUGACAGCAAACACAAAACAUUUUCUUGAUUUUGAUGUAAUGUAUAGUUGACUUUGAAAAUGUCUCAAAAUAUCCAAAAUGCUUGUAAAAAGAAGGACAUUUCACAGUGAGAUGUCAGAAAACUGCACGCACUUAGCCCAGCUCCACCCUGUGCUUCGCCACACCGUCGGUGUCCUGUGUGAACAAAGCAUAAUGCUCACCAAGAUGUUGUUUAACUCUCACUUUUCACACUUGUCCCUCCUUGCUGCACUGCUGCUAAGUGUCGCCCAGUCCUACAGGGAAUUGAUCGAAACGGCUGCAGAGCUAAUGCAGCAGCGUUGGAGGCUUGGAGUUCCUGCAGUAGAUGUCACUGUAGUUUCAAAAUAAGUGUUAUAUAUAUCAGAUGCGAUCAGAUUUGGAUGGAUUAGUGUGGAAUUGUUCUCCAUUGUCACCUGAGGAUGAAAGCUGAAGCUGUCUCUCAAAUACAUUUGCCACUGCUAUCAGUAAAGCUCACAUCCUAGGUUAUGGGAUUGACAACAAAUGUAGUUCGAGCCAACAGUAGACUUUGGUUGGAAUUGAUCAGCAAUUUACUUGUAUGAAUGCAGCUUUGAGUUUCAAAUAUAUUUCAGGUGCUGAAGAUAGUAGAAGGAAAUGAAAUGAUGCUGACUUUCUGAAUUCUGAAUCACCUCGUGUACUUUAAAGUUCUCACUAAACAAAGACCUUGGAUGGAGAAACCAGCCCAGGCCCAUGAAAUCCAAUUUCUAGAUGUUUUUUAUUCACCCUCACUGAAAGUUCACAUUGGAUCUCAAAGUACAUGUGCCUUUUGGACAAUUGGCGGAUAGUGUUUGUAUGUGGGACUUUUUUUUAUUUUAUUUUUUUAAAGUUUUCAUUUGGAAUUCUAUAAAAGAUUAAGAAUAAGUAAAAUGCUUCUACAUUAAUGAAGAAUUAUUGGGCAACGUACAUAGGACUCAAGUCAGUGUACUUUUUUAUGUGAGCAUAAAUCAAUCAUAGAAUGAUGAGAUAGUACGUGAUAUUUUUGAAUUCUUUCCUUCAUUUCAAAAGUAUGCUCUAGUAUGUCUUUGUAGAUUCUCAGUCAUCCAGAUCUUGGUAUUUGUAGGAGCUUUUGUAAAAAGAUCUAGUAUGACCUACCUUUGGAUUUUUAUGUCCUAAAUAAUAUCUAAUAAUUUAAACCUACAAUAAGCUUGCUUUUUAUUUGGAUCACAUAUUAUCUCUUUUUUUUUUCCUGACUCAAACGGGCUUCCUUAAAAUUUGCCUAUACAAAUUCAUGAAAACCCAAUUUGUUCAAAAUGCACAUGCUUUAAGAGUUUAAGUGCUUUAAUAAAGCUGGUGUCAACAGAGCAGUGUGCAAAGUCAAACUCAGGACAUCACAGACGACAGUGUGUGUAUUGAUAAAAGAGGAAUGCUAGGAACAUUAUCAUUUAUUACAAUCGUGACAAUUAAAUUAGGCUACUUCUUCCAAAAAGCUACCCGACACAAGGAUUUUGCUGCUAUCUCAAACAGCUCUUAUCUGGGUUGGUUUUAACACUUGAUACAGAAAAAUAAUCGUGAAAUGUGUAUAACAAACAUUUUUACUAUAUCACUCAAUCCGUCAAGAUGAUGACUGGAUUGUUUAUUACAAUCACUCCUGAGUUUGAAGUACUCUGUCACCAUAUUUGUUCAGUUUAUGGCACUUGAUUUCAACCUUGGUUACUUAAGUAAUUGGGGCUUCAUUUGUGGAGUAUGAAAAUGUUUAAAGUGUGAUUUUUUUUUAUUUUAUUUUUUUGCCACCACAGUAUAAUCAGUCAGAGAUAAGUUUAAUAACAUGUUGAAUUCUGGUUGGUGUGUUAUUUUGGCAUUGUCAGCUGGGGUUUCAUAAUACCAAUAGAUAACUAUUAAAAGCAGCUCCAGAAUUGGUGCUGGCAAAUGCUGCACUGUGGGAGGGGAAACUGUUGAAAAUGUUUUGUUGAGACUGAUGCAGGUUAGAAACAAGUCUGCACGGAGCACCACUGUUGAUAAAGUCCUAGCGCUAAAUCUGUAACCUUUUAUAAAUCAUCUCCUUCACACGUGGAUGUUACAGUAACACACAAGUUUUAAUAACAGUGGUGGUGUUCCAAUUAGCUGGGGUUUUUUGUUCAUUCAGUCUUGACUCCUAAAAAAACUGGACACGCUGUCUUUGACUUGUUAAUAGUAGCCAGUAGAGUUGCAAAGUGUGAGCAGUUUUCAGAAGGAUUUUCCCCACAAGAGUUAGCAGCUGUAAUAAAUAUUAAGUUACAGUAAUUCAACAGUGUUUCCUGCUGUUAGCUUGGAUACAUGAAAAAUGUAACCUACCAGACAUUUCUGUGGUCUCUCAUUUGCCCUUAUUUAAAUAUGUCAAUAACAGAAUUUAAGCUUGGUGAUUACAGUUUUCUCUCCUGUGGUUAACUCGUCUUCUAUAAUGUCCCCAUGAGACAGAAUGGGACUUCUGAAACCCGAAAUACCCAAAACAUGUCCCCCCUGCUGUGUUUCCUUACAGCAGUCUUGAAUUCCCAGAAAUGCAGCCUUCCUGUUUGAAAGCCUGCUCAGACAAUACAUUUUCCUUCUCACAGUGUGUUCAACUUAAUGGGUUUUCAGCAAGUUGAAAAAAAAAAUGUGUGUACAGUGUAAGACUUUCAGUUGUGAAUGAGGUAUAAUAAGUCAUUUUGUGAAGCGCUUCAGGUUAUGUCCAGAUUUGUGCCUUGACUCUUGUGAGAAUCACCUUCAACCUCUACAGAGAGACGCACUCGAGCUGUCUUGGGCCAUGUUUGAGAUUGACUGCUUUGAUUUAGGAGGACGCAGAGCUGCCGUUUGCGGGUCUGUGCCAGUUUAAAGUGGGAGGAAGAGGGUGGUUGCUGCAGGGAUUCCUCAGGUAACUACAGAGGGUAGAAGACAGGACCGUUUAUGAAGGUAGAUUCCCUUUGUGAAAGGAAGCCUCUGUUUAUCUCCUUAAAUUCAACACUGUAUGAUGCAGUACGUGCUUGAACAGAGCAAUUUAAAAAAAAAGAAAGAAAGAAAACACACCCACAUUUUAGUAGGUCUGUGGCAUGUUUUGCCUUAACUGGUGCAAAGUAAGAGUCACUCGUGUAGUCGGUUUUAGACCAAUUUUCAGCUGUGCAAACCUUGCAGCCCAUCUGUAGGGGCAGAGAGUCAUGCUAUAUUUGUGCUUUAUCUGACUUACUACUGGGUCUUGGCACAUCCGUCUAAAACACAGCAUCUCCUCUCCUCUGUUUUGCAGAGGUUUGGUUUUGUCCUCCCCUUUACCCAUUUUGUUACCUGGUCAGUCAUAUCUACUCGUUGAAUAAACGAACAAGUUGCACAAUCAGAGAGAUCUUAUUUAUAAAUUACUGUUGAAAAUAACCAAACCCAAUUUUGAAGGUAUGGGGUUCUGAUUGGGCGGCAGCUCUACCAAUACCACCUGGUAAUUAAAAUAUUUUUUUAAGGUGGGACAGCAUUUAUGUGAACUGCUUUUUGAGCAUAGUUUGGCCCUUUGUCUUUCUAUAGUUUCCAAACAAAUGUACAUUUACAGACUGACCAUCAAGGCUUUGUGUCCACCAUCACCAGAAGUAUCUAUUCAAAAUAAGGGACGUAGAAUAGUUAGCUGCAUGUCAUAUCUCAAACAUGACCCUUUCUAUGUCUGGGAGGAUCAGAGAGGGUAGAUCGGAGAGUGCAAGCUGAUUCCUGUGUUCACAGAGAGGUGAAUAAAAGAUUCUACCAAAUAGAUACUUUAAACUAAUGUUUGGCGUCCUUGAUAAAAGGUUUGGAAUUGGCUGAGAAGGUUAAACAGCAAAUGGAAAAGAAGUGACAGCAACAUGAAACGUGUUGGUUCGGGGGUUGUGUUUUUAGGGAAAAACAGAUAAAAGUCUAUUUUUUUUAUUUUUUACUUUGUACAAGCACCAUGAUGUAAUUACCUCAAUCAAAACCUAUUUUACUGUCGAAAGUUCUAUUGUUGUAAGAUACAAUUAUUUUAUGUAGUGUAAAAUCUUCCAGUUUUAUAAUAAAGGAAAGUAAUGUUGGUUCAGAAAUUGUUGGUAUAAAUUGUGGAUUUCUGCUCCAUUUGGUCAAAUUGUUCUGUUUUAUAUUUAAGGGCAUUUUUAGGGGUUGUACUCGUUCACCCAGGAGCAAAAGACAGAAGUUUCUGGAUACUGUUGAACCUUUAACAUCUUCCUGUCUGUUCUCUAUGGAUCUUUAGCUUUCAGAUUCACUCUGGCUCUGUGGUGAUGACUCUGAGAAGUACUUGUUCAUUUCAAUUUUACUCUUUCAUUAAUGUAGGGAUUGUAGUUUGAGGGUAUUGUGUCAUAUUAUAGCCUGCUUUGUCAUAAAUACACAUGAAAUGUGUUUGAGGAUCUUCUUGGUAUCAACAAAAAGGUGAAAUCUGAAUACAUUUCAAAUGUACUUCUUUUAAUCAUGUUAUCUCCUCUCCACAGUUUGUUGGAUGGUUCUUUUUAUGUAAAUAUUACUGAUUAAAUUAAUUUAAGAAUUUCU